UCCAAAAUGAAAGAAAACCAUUGCGAGAAUUAUGAUUUGGAGCACAAGUAAUUGGUGAUUCAAACUAAAAAUAGAUUAUUCAGACUUAGAAGAAAAUGGCUGAGAAGUUAUUCUUUGCUUCAGAUUAAAUGCAACAUGGCAGAUUUUAAACUCCAGGCCUUGAGGGCUAAUGUCGUGCAAUUUUUAGAUUUGUUUCUGGUCCUACACACCUGCAUUAAAUGUCUGGCUGCCUGUCCAGAAUCCAGCCUAAUCCAAGUUCAAUUUAUGAUGUUUCAGCAUUUCACUAACUAACAGUUCAAUCUUUUCUGUUACUCUUAAUAAUCAUUUAACCUGCUGAGGAAUGCAAAAUGAGAAGACCUGAAAUGUAAGACGUUAUUACAAAAAUAGGGACAUUUUUACACCACAAUACUAGAUAUACAUUCAUGUUUCAUUUGAUUAAUGCGCAAAUGUCAAUGAUAAUAUAAAAAUUACAUCACAAUGAUUAUUUUCCAAUAUUGCUUAAAAUGUCCUUUUUGGAUACUCCAGCACGAAUUAAAACGAAAACUACGGAAAGAUAAGUGCUUAAUUUUUUUUAAAAAGUAAAAAUUACAACUUAUCAUUUACUUAAAAGAGAAAAGCAAUUAGCACCAUAUAGUGGCCAGGCUAUGUUAUAGCAGUUUUAAUUCAGUGAACCCGACCCAGAACAAGAAAACGAAACUUAAAGAGAUAUUCUGCGUAACAAAGCGACACCGUGACAGGAAAGUCUCCCAUCUCUAAAGAAGAACUAAGAAGGAGGACUAAAACUUAACAUACUGACUUCAGCAGAGGAAUUUGCUAAAAUGGCAGAGAAAAUCGCUCUUGUUGAAAGUUUCCUGAGCUGCCAUAUUUGCUCAGAGACUUUCAGAGAUCCUGUGUCUCUGAGCUGCAACCACAGCUUCUGUUCAAACUGCUUGCAGGAAUUCUGGGGGAAAACUGGAAACAAGAACUGUCCCAUCUGUAAAAGAAGAUCGUCAAAGAAGGAUCCGUCCAUCAACUUCUUCCUUAAAGAACUCGCUGAUUCGUUUGCUUGGAAGGAGAAUGGAGCUUCAACUGAGAGGGGAAAAGAGAAGAAGAAAGAGAAGGAGGUGGUGUGUGAGAAACACUCCGAGGUUCCUUACUGGUUCUGUGAAGACGAGCAGAGAGCUGUGUGUCCUGUCUGUGAGUUUUCUCUCCACCAGAGUCACAAAGUGGUUCCUAUAGAACAAGCAGUCAGUGAGCUGAAGGAGCAGCUGAAAUCUGACUUAAAGUCUCUGCAGGACAAGAGGAACAAACACAAACAAGUGGAGAAAACAUACGAUGAUGUGAUUCAACACUCCAAGAAGCAGCUGCUGUCCACAGAGAGACAGAUCAGAGCAGAGUUCAACAAGCUCCACCAGUUCCUGAGAGAGGAAGAGGAGUCCAGACUGGCAGCUCUGAGGGAGGAAGAGGAGCAGAAGAGGAAGACUAUCAGCAGAAAGAUGAAGAGGAUUGAGGAGCAGAUCUCCUCUCUGUCAGACAGCAUCUCUGCUGUUGAAGAAGAGCUGCAGAAAGACAACAUGUCGUUCCUCAGAAGUUAUGAAGCCACUCAGAGCAGAGCCAGAGGUCAGAGGUCACUGCCAGAUCCACAGCUGGUCUCAGGAGCUCUGAUAGAUGUGGCCAAACACCUGGGCAACCUGUCCUUCAGAGUCUGGGAGAAGAUGAAGGACGAGGUCCACUUCAGUCCCGUCGUUCUGGACCCAAACACUGCUAAUGGAUGGAUCCAUCUGUCUGAGGAUCUGACCAGGUUGAGACAUGGAGACACAUGGCUGCAGCUUCCUGAUAAUCCAGAGAGAAACAUUUAUAUUGAAGUGUUUGGUUCUGAGGGCUUCAGUUCAGGGAAACACAGCUGGGAUGUGGAGGUGGGAGAUCAUCCUGACUGGUAUUUGGGUCUGGUCAAAGAAUCUGUUGACAUUAAGGGAGAGAGAGAUGUUACACCACAAUUUGGAAUCUGGUGUUUAUGUUUUGAAGAUGGAAAAUACACUGAUGGUGAUAGUAAGUCCAUAUCCGUGAAGAAGAGUCUCCAGAGGAUCAGAGUCCAACUGGAUUACGACAGCGGCUUUGUGUCCUUCUACGACUCUGAAGACAUGACCCACAUCUACACUUACAGAGACACUUUCACUGAGAAACUCUUCCCAUAUUUCAGUGUUGGAGAAGCUGCUGGAGCAAAACCGACAAAGAUCAAAAUUAUGUGAAACUGAAAAGUUUGUGUAAUUUUACAGAUUUUUUACAUGAUUGUUUGAUUGUGAAAUGUAAAAAUAAUAUUUUAGUUUAUUCGUUAAAUAAGAAGAAAAGCUGAAGUCUGGGAAUUUAUUAAUUUUGUAAUUUUUGAACUAUGAUAGAUAAGAAAAAAUCACUUUGUAUGAAUCCUAAAAGGUGGAUUUAUUGUUAUUAAAAAAUAACAAUAAAACCAAACUUUCUCUGGCCAAUAACAAGUUAAGGUUUUCUUUAAGGGGUUCAUUUUACUUCUAGGGCUUUGGAAUAUUUUAAUAUUGUAUAACCUUAACAAGACUCUGAGGUCAUGUAACCAAGACAAGCUGUUUAUGGAUUUUAUGAAAAACUAACAGGACAUUUUCCUUCCCUUUAAUUUGACGUUGGAGGACUCUUAUGAGCUUUUUAGAAAUCAUCUUUUUAUAAUUGCUUUUGAUAAAGUAUGUGGAUAUACUGGUGUUUUCUUUAAGUCAAGUUUUACUUGACUUUUAUUAUCUAAUGCUUCCAGCUUUAGUCUAUUUUUAUUUUCUUUUUAAGAACUGUAACACAGAAAACGUUUUUUAUUUCACUAAAGAAAUAUGGAGAUUAGUCUUUUUCAAAAUGUUACAGCUUCAGUUGUUUUUGUUUACUUUAUUUCACUUAAAUGUUAAAGAUCAUAAAAACUUUUAGUAAGGGGAUCAUAGUAAAUAUAAAAAGCAGUUUUCAAAUGAUGAUUUCCUUUAUUGAGAAAAAUAUAUACAACUAAACUACACUGGCUUAAUAUCAGUUGUUGCAAAAGGUGACAAAAUCAAUACUGUCUUUCUUCUUUAAUACAUUAAAUCCUUAAUCUAACUCACAACCAAAUGUUUCGUUUUCACAUUUGUUUAACAAGCUAAAAAAAAUAGUGAUAUAAAACUAAAAAUAUUAAAAACUCCUAAUAAGGCUAAUACUUUAUCGCAGCAUUAUACCAGUCUAAUGUAUUUUUUAUUAACCUUAAAAUGCACCAGUUGUGUUCAGUUGUGUGAUGGGAAACAGAUUUAACCUGCCGAUCAAAGUCAAACCAGAUCAAGUGAAAAAUCUGCCAAUUCCAAUCAUUGGCAAGCCGAUCGGUGCAACACUAUUAUUAACGAAUGGUUGAGAACAUUGAACUAAAAGUUCAAAUGAUGUUUGAUUACUUUGUUGCAGUGUCUGUUUAAUACACUAUGUACAUUUAGUUUUCUUUAUGAAAUGCUUUCAAAAGUUUGUCUUUAUGUACGCUCGACUUUUCUUACCAUAAACAACAGAAUAUUAAAUCUACUAUUUUGGAAAUUCUUUUCCUUUGUUAUAUUUUAUGCAUUUUUUGCUGUUUUUUUCUUUGUGCAGAUAUUAAAAGUCCACAUGGUUAUUUGAAUGAUCAUCUUGAGAGAUUUAAUAAACAUUUAUGACAUUUGGAGUGAUGUGUUAAUGUAAACUAAAAACCAUCUACACAGAAAGACACUGAAGUUUCUAUUUAAACUCAUUUUAUUGAUAACACUUUAACACAUUUUCUUGAAGUUAGAGAAACACGUGUAGCACGUAAGAGAACAGAGCAAUAAUCUGAAGAAGCGGCGAACUAGAGGGUUAAUAUUAUAGAGAAGAAAGUCAAACUGACAAAAAGAGACAAAGGGAAACCAGAAAGAGCCGACUGCAGAGAAAUGAUUGAAGAAGGUUGGAAACAGAGGGAGCAGGAAAAAGAGAGACUCCCAUGGAAGAGAAACCACCUCAGUGUUGUCAGAGCAACUUAGUUUCUGCUGCAGGAAAAACAAACAAAAAAACGCAGACGUUCAGAGUGAAAAUUCAGAGCUCAGCCUGAAUGAACCGGUUCGUCUCUCUGAUCCAAUUUCUGGACUAAAUGCAAAACAUUGUCUGUGCUUCAUGUGGAGCGACUGCGCCUCCUGCUGGCUGUACUGACAACACUGAGAACCCAUAGAAAAGCAUGCAAAAGUAUCAACACAUCAUCAUCAUCAUCAAUGUCGACUUUAUCAUAGUCAUCCUUAGUGCCACAGUCAUGAUUAUAAUAAUCCUUACCAUAUCAAUCAUCUUCAUUAUAUCAUCUGGAGACAAAAAUAGUUAUAUGCACUUAAAAAGCUCAGAAAAUAGAGAAAGGUCGAGUUUACCAGCAUUCAGUAGAAAAUGAGAAUCCAAAUAAAAACAACAAAAAACUAAAAGUGUCCUUUUGACUGUCAUGCAAAGAAGAUGAAAGCUACGCUGCUAGCAGCGGUGCUAUAAUACUGUGAACUCCCUCGUUUUAAAUAUGUGAGUCUUAUUAUGUUGAUUUUCAAGGCUAGAAACACACUAAGAACAGAAAAACAUCACUUUUGUACUGUACAUGCUGCUAUUUCUUCUUUUUUUUCUGGAGAAGGGUUGACCUCUUAGUAUUAAAACAUGUUGAAGUAGACAGGAGCGUCCUUACUGGAUGAGACGUGAGUACGAUACAAACUCUCAGUGGUGAGGAAAAAGGCUUCAUCUGACAAAAUUCAAGAAAGUGUUGAAACAUCCGAGGGACGGCUGACGCAAAACACAAUCCUGUAUAAUAAUAUAAGUCAUAAAGUGUCCUCUACGGAAGUCCAAAUGUGCCCCAAUUCAGUAAGGAAAAUAAAUUAUUACUUUAAUGUCUUUUAAUUAUUAUAAUUCGCAAAAAAAUACGUAGAUUAUUAAUGGAUUUAUUAUUCAUUUAUAAUGUGUUAUAAUAAAUCAAAUAUGUUGGUAAUAAAAAUAUUUACAAAAAUACAAUAAUUAUCUCAGUAUCAUUUAUAAGUUUGACUGUGUGCUCAAAUGCAUGAGUAAAUGAAAUAAGUUGAUAUGGUUUUACCUUUACCUUAAACUUUUAAUUAGUGGAUUCCACAUUUAGAUAUUAAUGUGGUUGAUAGGGCAUUAAAUUAAUUAUUACGCACCUAAUUUUCUGGACUCUAUUAUAAUUUUUUGAAAAAUAUUUGAACUUUUGACACUCCAUAGACCUAACUCAUUGUAUGUCGGCCAAAAUAGGUGUGCUAUCCCUUUAAGAACAGGUUUUACAGACAGUACUUGCACAAUUGGAAAACAACUUAAUAAGAAAAAAAUAGCACAGUAAAAACAUCCACUAAAAUAAAUAAAUAAAUACUCAAAAUAAAUAAAAACCUGAGGACUGUUCACCAAACCGACAGCUGGGUCUCUCUGAAUCUCUUGUUCGGACCGAGCGGUGAUACAAAACGCGAAGGCAGCCAGUGGUGGACGAAGAACAGCGAAGCUGAUCGCGAGUCGAACCUCUUCUAAAACAAAUAUCAGUUUUCAGUGCUGCAAAGUCCAUCUGCUCUACCCUGCUGCCUCUGGCACAAGCACUUUAUGUUAUGAAAGGCUAAUAACACUGUACACAAACUGAACAUAAUGAAGUAAAAGCACAGAAAAAUAAAAAAAACAAAGCAUGAAAAAAAAACCAUCCUGGGGUUCAAGGCCCAUUCCUGUUUCUCAUAAACCUCCUAAACCUCCCCCAGGGUUUCAAAGAGCACACACUGAAGGCUUUAAAUCUACACACACAUACAAAUAUAUUGCACACUGUAUUAAAAGACCAACAUGAUUGAAGCACCAAGCAAACACAACCUUCAUAAUUCCCCACUGCUGCAGGUUGGAGUCUUAAUUUUUGAAUGUGCUUCAUUUGGAAAAAAAAAAGCAGCAGUAACACCAGCUUUCUGCUCUACGGCUUCAGAAACGAGAAAGG